AUGUCCAAAAGUUCCUCAAAUACAUAAAAUUCCCCAUAAAAUAUUAACGAUGUCGAUAAAUAAAUGAUUAAAAAACUCCUUAAUGAAGAAUAUUUAGAAGAGAACGAAUUAAAAUAUGAAGAUUAAGUCCAAGAAUUAACUGUAAGUUCAAUUCCUGGUACAACUGUUUCCUUUAUAAAAUGCAAAAAUAAAAAUUUGGGUACAAACAUAUAUGAUACUCCAGGAAUUCCAAACAUACGCUAAAUGACUUAUUACUUCGAAAAUAAAAACCAUGUAAAAACAAUUGUCGUAGAUCGAGAAAUAAAACCAAAAAAAAUACAUUUUGGACCUGACCUUACUCUUUUUAUUGGAGGCUUGGUCAGGAUAGAUCAUCUUGAAGGCCUUUUUUUUUAUUGA